AUGGAGGGCUCCGCCUACCCCGGGGAGGAGGAGGAGGAGGAGCCGCCCUACGCCAGCGGCGCGCACUCGUGCUCCUCCCUCAUCCGCCUCGAGCAGGAGGCCAAGCGCAGGAAGCGGGCGCGGCAGCAGCAGCGCCGGCUCUACACCAUCAUGCCAGGGAGGCAGAGUAGUGACGAAGAUGUGCUGGACCUGGCUGAAUACACAAAGAACCUACCGUGGUGGCGCAAACUAUUCGCGCCAAGUUCAACUUCCAGCGAGGAGAAGUACAACGUGGUCACCCAGCUGGCAAUUGGAGGCGUCACGGGAUGGUGCACUGGCUUCAUCUUCCAGAAGGUUGGCAAACUGGCAGCGACUGCAGUGGGAGGUGGCUUCUUUCUGCUUCAGCUUGCAAACCACACAGGAUACAUCAAAAUUGACUGGAAGAUGGUUGAGCGAGAUGUAAGCAAAGCCAAGAAGCACCUGAAGUUUUCUGGUAGCACCUCCAGCAAGCUGGCCCCAGAAAUGAAGAACCAAAUGGAUGAGGCAAUCUCUUUUCUGAAGAAGAACGUUCUCCUGUCCGGAGGCUUUGUCGGUGGGUUCCUGCUCGGCAUGGCUUCCUAGGAACGCUGCCCGUUCUGCCUUCCCAUGUGCUGGUGUUCCGGCCAUCUCCUGCUUGGUCUCCUCCACUGCCUGAUUCGUCUGCUAAAGCCUUCUGCCUCCUGACUUGCCAUUCUCUUUACACCUGCCAAAUGGCCUCCAGAAAUACCACAGCUAGCCUUUUUUCCCUCCACUGAUUCCGCCUCUUUCACUUAAUACAGGAGGAAAGUUGGAUUCAUCUGAAGGAUGUAUUCUAUCCCUGCCUGAAGUGGCAGGCUUUGUAGAACUUCCCUCCCCUCCCAUACAUUUUUUUUCUCUGUUAUUGGCAUAACCUCCACAGAAUACUAUGGAAGGACCCAGAGUAUCUGCCUUUCGUGUGCAUCUUCUCGUUGUGCAUCCAGAGUACCGCCUGCACUUCCAAGCAGAACAAGAAAACAGCUCAACAGGGCGGGACAAGAGCAUGUCCUGAAAUGCAGGAACUGGCAUCCAAAAUUGCCCUCCGUCCUAAAAACACCAGUGCCUGAGAGAAACAGCCUCUUGGUCUUGUCGAAGCUGCUAUUUAUACCACAGGAUUACUGGAAUAAUCUGUGGAAACUCUGACUGCUGCGUGGGAUUCUCUGUAGUCCACUUGGUCUGACCAGAGGCCUGGAAAAGCUGGCAGUGCUGGCUCUCAAGGAAAACGUCUUUCGUUGCAGCCCUACAGGGACAGUCGAAGUAAAGCUUGGUUCUCCGCGGAGGAACGGCUGCAGGAUCAGAGUCUGGAGUCGGUGCCAGUUUUAGAUAAAUUCAAGCCUUGGUAGCAACUGCCAGUGAAUCAUGGGAAUGGAAUUAUAGGGACGGCCUCAUCUGAACUCCUCGGCGGUGGGGUGGAGGGCGAAGGGGGAGCUGGGUAGGUCUGCUUAUCCCCGGGCUCUGAGUAGGAGGAUUAACUUGGGCCCAGAAUAAAGGGAGCAAAAUUCUGGGCUGCAUUGCCUGAAGUUUGUUUCCCUUGAUAGGAAUUAGAUAUUGAGCAGAAAGCUGCAACG